AUGUGCUUUUUUACAUUAUUAUCGUGUAUAUGUCGUAAUACAGCUGGACGACUAAUGAAGCGUAAAAAGAAUCCAUCAGAUCGCAGUGUUGGACGGGCGAUAGUGGAUCAAAUGGCAUUGUUUCGACGUGCUCCUGGUCCAUCUUUUGUUCCACGAAGUUAA